CCGAAAGCCCUCCAAAAUCCCGAGUCCAGAUCUGCUCGAUCCCAUUCCCCAUUCUCGAGCAUAGCUCGGAUCUCCGGCGAUCAGGAUUGCGGAGAGGAGAGGCUCUCUGCUGCUGGAAUCAUGUCCGUGACUCCCAAUCGGAGAUUCGGGUUUCCGUUACCCCCGACCCCGUCUCCUUUUCUGACCCCUCGCCCCGAGAAGCGGCAGCUGGACCUCAGGUGGGCUGACGGUGGCCCGACCUCCAACCGGCAUGACAAAGAUAAGGAGGUCAAUGUUCAAGUCGUACUCAGAUGCAGGCCAUUGAAUGAUGACGAGCAAAGGCUGAAUGUUCAAAAGGUGAUAUCUUGUAACGAACAGAAGAACGAGGUGACUGUCAUACAAGGCAUGAUCAACAAACAAGUCGAUAAGACAUUUACCUUCGACAAGGUGUUUGGACCUAAAACUCAACAAGGAAUGACAUACGUCCACGCUGUUGCACCACUGGUCAAUGAUGUUCUCGAAGGUUUCAACUGCACUGUAUUUGCCUAUGGUCAGACAGGCACAGGAAAAACUUAUACGAUGGAGGGAAGUGCAAAGCCUAAGGGUCAACAUCUAUCGGUCGAUGCUGGAGUGAUUCCAAGAGCUGUCCGCCACAUUUUUGAUACUUUAGAGGGCCGGAAGGCCGAUUAUAGUAUGAAGGUAACCUUCCUGGAGCUGUACAAUGAAGAAAUAACUGAUCUGCUAGCUACCGAAGAGCAAACUAGACUUGCAGAAGAUAGACAAAGGAAACAAAUCUCUCUUAUGGAAGAUGGUAAGGGUGGUGCAGUUAUAAGAGGUUUAGAAGAGGUGGCUGUUUACAGUGUCGAUGAAAUUUACAGCCUCCUAGAACGUGGAUCUGCCAAGAGACGGACAGCAGAUACUCUGUUAAACAAGCAGAGCAGUCGGUCGCAUUCAGUCUUUUCUAUCACAAUCCAUGUGAAAGAAGCAACCAUAGGAAAUGAUGAACUUAUCAAGUGUGGCAGGCUUAAUCUUGUAGAUUUGGCUGGCUCAGAAAAUAUAUCCCGUUCUGGUGCAAGAGAGGGCAGAGCAAGGGAAGCAGGAGAGGUGAACAAGAGCUUGUUAACACUUGGUCGUGUCAUAACUUCGCUGGCGGAGCAUUCUAGCCACAUACCUUAUAGGGAUAGUAAGUUGACAAGGUUGUUAAGGGAAUCUUUAGGUGGCAGAGCAAAAACCUGUAUAAUAGCAACAAUAUCUCCAUCUGCUCACUCUUUAGAGGAAACUCUAAACACCCUUGAUUAUGCAUGCCGUGCGAAGAACAUCAAGAACAAGCCAGAGGCAAACAAAAAAUUUUCGAAGUCUGUACUUCUGAAGGAUCUGUUCCUAGAAAUUGAGAAGUUAAAACAAGAUGUAAGAGCGGCAAGGGAGAAAAAUGGCAUUUACAUUCCCCAAGAAAGAUUUUUACAGGAUGAGGCGGAGAAGAAGGCAACACAUGAAAAAUUAGACGUUUUGGAGUUUGAUCUGGAUCAUGCACGAAAGCAAGCUGACAGAUUUCAAGAACUUUACCAUGCUGAACAAGAAAGGAAUCUGGACUUGGAAAGCAAACUCAAGGAAUGCAAGACAAAUCUUGAAGAGAACAAGAAGGCCUAUCUGGAGUUGCAAGAAAUUUUAAUGAGAAGCAAUCUGAUGCUCAAGGAAAGGGAGUAUAUCAUUUCAAACCUGUUAGAUUCUGAGAAUACUAUUCUUACACGUGCAAAGGUGCUGCGGAGUGAUCUGGAAAUUGCAUCAGAGGACAUGUCACUCCUCUUUGCUAAAAUAGAGCGGCAAUCUCAAGUUGAAGCAAAAAACCAUGGCUUGGUUGUUGAUUUUGGCUCUGAGCUUGAUGAGAAUCUCAAAACAUUACAUAGGAUGGUGAUAGGAUCAAUUUGUGAAAACCAUGAAUCGUUAAAAUCCAUGGAAGAAUAUGUUAGCUCAUUUGUUGCAGCCAAAUGUGAGGCAGCCAAAUGCUUGGAUUUGAAACAUGAGAGACUUAAAAGCAUAUACAGUUCUGGUAUCCUGCAUAUGAAGGAACUUGCAGGUGCGCUACAACAUAAAGCCUUUUCAGACCUAGAAGAAACUAGAUCAACAAUGUUUGCUCAGAUGAUCGCUGUUGAGAAUUUUCUUGUGACUGUUGCUUCAGAGGCUGAGCAGGUUCUGCAUGAUAUUCAAAUAUCCCUGUCUGAACAAAAGGAUUUGCUGGAUUUUUUUGUCCAGCAACAAGCGACGGGAUUGCAAAGAAAUCUUGUUUCGACAGAAGCCAUCUCCAAGACAACAAUUCAUUUCUUCCAUGAAUUGCAGAGACAGGUCUCCAAGCUUUUAAAGAAUCUUGAACAUGACCAGUUGGAAAAAUCACGCCGCCUAGCUGCAUUUGAGAAGAACUUUGUGGAUUUAUCUGCUAGAGAAGACAAAGCAGCAUUUGAAAAAAUAUCUUUGAUAUUUACAAAUUUGAUGAAAUUAAAAUUGCAGAUGGUGUCUGAGGUUUUAGGAAAUGUGGAUGACACAAAUGCUGAAGACAGUAGGAGGCAGCAGGUGGAGGUGGCCAACAUGCAGCUAACAUCUGAUAAUGCCAAAAAGUCAUGGAUCAAUUACAUAGAAAGGGUAGAAAGUCAGAUUCAGGAGGAUGCCGCUUCAAUCACGAAGAUCAGAACGACAAUGGACAACGUUUUUCAGAACUGUUCAAUAAAAGUGGGUCAGUCUUUGCAUCAUUGGAAGAACAUUCAAUCAACCAUAGAUCACAUGCACAAGGAUUCAGCUGCAGAAGUUGAUUGUUUUGUAGUAUCAAGGAACCAAGAAAGGAAAAAUAUUUUUGAAGAAUUCACAUCAGUGGUCUCUGAAAACAAUGUGCAAUUUGACUCUGAAACCAGUGAUCUCCAGGCAGCUGCUAAGAUGUCACUUGUAUUGGACCAUGAGGUUAUGGAGCGCAUAGAGUCCACAUCAACCAUGUGCUUUGACCAUCUAAAAGGUUUGCAGGAUACUCAUAGUGAAAAUGUUAAAGAUAUCAGAAGUUUGGCAGACAAAUGCCUUCUAAGGAAAUACACGGUUGACAAUCCAACUAGUCUUACACCCACAAAGCGUUCUCUCAAUGUUCCGAGUUUAGCAUCCAUUGAAGAACUAAGGACACAGUUGGAAGACCCAAUUAAGCAUGAUAGGCGGGACAGCAACCUAAGAGAAGCUGAAGAAAAGCAGCAUGUCUGUGCACCUAUGCCAACCCCAAGAAGCCCACUUACGCCCAUCAACUCAUUAUGAUCAGACAACCGAGAUAGCAUCUGGCACUGCCUCUGAACCGUGCCGAUUAAGCCCAAUUAAUCAACCUCAUUCUGAUUAGUGCUAUGCAGUCAACAGCAGUGCAAAAGUUUGGCGACUGGGCAUUUUGUUCGUUGACCAAAAUUUCUUUGAGAAUCUGUAUAUUACCACCAAGUUUGCUGCCAUGUUGUAGCCAGAUCAAGUCAUCUUGACAAAUCGGCGUGAUGUAAUACUGUGUCUUUAAUUAAUGCUCUAAAAGUAGUGUCAUCAACAUA